GAACCGGAAGUAAUAAUUGACCGAAGGUGGCUAACUAGCUCCGGGGUUUGUUGUUGUUGUCGCUGCUGGCUAGAAUAGCUGGUAUUUUCAGUUUGGUUGAGGUUGACAGGUUAGUGAUGAGCUGUGCGCUGAUGAGCAAAAGAGGAAGUAACCGAUAGCAGAACCGGACAGCUUCCGGUUAGAAGUGCGUUGAAGCUCAGUGGCCUCGCCCAGCAGGUAGCUAGCUAGCUUCUAGCUAGCUCCUAGCUUCUCUGUUUCAGUCCAUGAAGUGCAGCCUGAGCCUGCUUCGCUGCUGUCAGCAAGUCGCCUAAAGAGAUGUCACUGAGGUCUGUCUGCUGAACCAUCGUGAUGGCAGGAUCCCAGUGGGAGCUUCCCCCAGAGCUAUGCUGCCGGCCCAUGGCUUUCGUAGCGCUAACCGGUCUGGAUGUGGUGUACAAUGCGGUGCAUCGCGCCAUCUGGGAUGCUUUCUGUGCCAACCGGCGCGCUGACAGAGUCCCCAUCUCUUUCAAGGUUCUCCCAGGAGAUCAUGAGUAUCCCAAAUGCCGCACUAAGCGAACGUCGUAUGAGUGGUACAUCCCAAAAGGCAUCGUGAAGACUGGCUGGAUGAACAAACACCUGAACCUGGUCCCUGCCCUGGUGGUUCUGUUCUAUGAGCUGGACUGGGACGACCCGCAGUGGAAGGAGAAGCAGUCGGAAUGCGCGACUAAAGUGGAAAUUGUCAGGACCAGUCUGCAGGGCAGAAACACCAAAGUGGCGGUGGUUUUAAUCCAAAAGAAAACUCCUCUGCCUCCAGGAGAGGACCUGGUGGCGUCAGAGAGAGCCUCAGCUCUCUGUAGCUCCUGCGACCUGUCUGGGAAGAGCCUGUUUGUCCUGCCUCACACCGACCACCUGGUGGGCUACAUCAUAAGGUUGGAAAAUGCCUUCUAUGAGCACGCUCAGACCUACUACUACACUGAGAUCCGUCGGGUCAAAUCCCAUAAGGAGUUCCUCAACAAGACCACCCACCAGCUGCUGUUUGUUAGACAUCAGUUUAAAAUGGCUUUCCUCAGUGAACUGAAGCAGGACACCCAGAACGCUCUCAAGUACUACAGAGCUGCUUACAGUUUAGUGCAUGAGCUCAGAGCACAUGAGACCAACAUGCUGGAGAUCAAGACCAUGGCAGGAUUCAUCAACUACAAGAUCUGCCGCCUGUGUUUCCAGCACAACACUCCUCUGGACGCCAUAGCUCAGUUCAGGAAGCACAUCGACCUGUGUAAGAAGAAGAUUGGCUGUGCUGAGCUGGCCUUCGAGCACUCUGCAUGGAUGUCAAAACAGUUCCAGUCUUUUGGCGAGUUGUUCGAUGAGGCCAUAAAAUUGGGACUGACCGCCAUCCAGACUCAGAACCCGGGUUUCUACUACCAGCAGGCCGCUUGUUACAGCCAGGACAGGAAGCAGAUGGCCCAGCAGUUCUGUCAGGUGGGGACGACCUAUCCUUCCCCAGAUCCCCUGGACACCCAGAGUGGAGGACUGGACUUCUAUGGACAGAGGCCUUGGAGACAAGGACACCAGAGUAUUGAUCCAACAGAUCCAGAGAAGGAGAAGCGGGGGAUCCUGGCUCUGCAGAUUAAGGAGAGAGAUGUCCCACACUCUGAGCUGAUAAUAGCACUUCUCAGUAACGCUGUGGCCCAGUUCAAGAAGUACAAGUGCCCUCGAAUGAAGAGUCACCUGAUGGUGCAGAUGGGAGAGGAAUACUACCAUGCUAAAGACUACACCAAAGCCUUAAAGCUGCUGGACUACGUGAUGUGUGACUAUCGCACAGAGCGCUGGUGGCCUCUGCUGACUGCCAUAUUGACCACAGCUCUGCACUGUGCUUAUCUGAUGGCCAGUGUCAAAGACUACGUCAUCUACUGCAUGGAGCUGCUGGGCAGAGCUUCUACCCUGAAAGAGGAGCAGAAAUCCAGGAUAGAGAAGAAUCUCUUUAAAGUUUUAAUGAACGACGUUCCAGAGGCUGAGUCUGAAUGUGAUCAAUCUUCAGUCGGUGCUGCCAGGUCACUGUGGACCGACCGCAUGGCUUUGUCUGGAUCCAAUGAGCUGAUGGUGGAAAUGCAGGACUACAUCCCAUUCAUCCAAUGCAAAGCCCGGUUCCAGUCACCCUGCUUCCAUGUGGACCAGCCCAUCCAGUUGCAGGUGUUCCUCAGAGCUGACUGUCCUCACCCUGUGUCAUUCAGCAAGCUUACCGUCAGCCUCAGCAACCAGGAAUACAACCAGUGGUGUGUGGUGGAAUCGUCAGUUCAGGAUAGCAUGAUGCUGUUACCAAGGAAACCCAGAUGCUACAACUUCAGCUUUGUGGCUAAAACUGAAGAUGUGGGUAAGAAAGUAGAGAUGAUGGGUAUAGAGAUGAUGCUAGGCAGCAACAGUGGCCGCUGUGUGUUCCUGAGCUGGAGAGGCGCCGGCGGAGACGCUGCCUCCACCCAGGAGGCCCUGCAGGCCAGCAGGUCGUCACGGCGAUGGGGGCGGGGCAACGAGGCACGCCAGGAAUUAGACUGGGACAGCUUGACGAUGCAGCACAGCACCAUGAUCAUCUCCAGAGUUCCCAGGAUCUGUGUCCAGCUCAGCCACCAGCCUCCUGCACUCACCAACGAGAUGUUCUGCAUCAGCCUCACCGUCCAAUCACAGGAGAACGUCGUGGCGAAGGAUGUCAAACUCACUGCCGGUCUCAAACCAGGCCAGGAGGCUGGUUUAGGACAUACCACCCAUGUGACCCUAGACGGGUCCAGUGUGUCUGACGAUAACGCGCCUGCUCUGCUCACCGAUGUGCCUCUGGGAGAUCUGAAACCAGGAGAGAAGCUGGAGAAGUGUGUGUACAUGAGGUGUGUGUCGACCGGACCGAGGAUCUUCUUGUUCCAUGUGGCCUACAGCAUCGAUACUGCCGUGGAAGGACUACAUAUUGUGUGCAAAUGUCAUAAGGAUGAGACGGUGACUGUGGAGACCGUAGUCCCAUUUGAAGUGUCGGUCAAGUUUGUAUCUACAAAGUUUGAGCCGUUAGAGCAGGUAGCAGUAGACAUCCCCUUCCUUUUGAUGACGGACAUCCGCUCGUCUUCACCCUGGCCUCUCCUGCUGAGCUCGUCUUCCCUGCAGCUGGUUACGGUGACCAGCAGCACGCCACCGCUCCAGUCCCAGCUGAAGCAAGUGGUUCUGCAGACAGGAGAAAGCGCCAGUGAGUGCUUUUGUCUUCGAUGUCCUCCAGACACCAGCAGCAGCAACACGGUGGCGACAGGACAGUACGUCAUCUCAUGGAGGAGGAAGUACUCCAGUGCAGACAGCCCUCUCAUCCAGACUACAGUCACUCUACCUCAUGUCAUCCUGGAGUCUGUCCCUCUUUACAUCUAUGCUGAUCUGCCUUCGUUUGGGCGGGUCAGAGAGUCCCUUCCAGUUCGUUACCAUAUAGAGAACAGGACGGCUCAGGUGAUGGAGGUGGAGAUAGCUGUUGACCCGUCGGAUGCCUUCAUGUUCUCUGGACUCAAACAGGUGCGUCUGCGGGUCCUCCCCGGCACAGAGCAGCAGAUGCUGUAUAAUUACUACCCACUGAUGGCUGGUUACCAGACACUACCACAGCUCAACAUCAGCCUGCCACGCUGUCCGACGUCCAACAGCCCUGCACUGAGACGCUUCCUGCCUCAGCGUAUCUUCGUCAAGCCUCAGGGUCGACAGCCAGACGACGCCUCCAUCGCCGCAGCCUGAGGAGAGAAUGAAACUGUUUACUGUAAAUACCACCAAGCAACAUUGUGUUUGUUCUUUUAGAUGCAUCAUUCCACAGAGACGUCAUGAUGAACACUAUUUGUUACUUGUCAUUCUGUAAAAAAAAUGUCGACCAAACAUUAGGAGGCGGUUAUUUCCAGCGAGUGAAAGUGAUGACAUGAAUUGUGUAAGCAGCAAAAACAUGAACUGAUGUCGUCUUACCCAGGGGAAUCCUGGAGGAAUCUGAUGUGAUGUGAGCUGUGUGUUGAUUUUGGGAGAUUAAUCCAUGACUUGAAUGUGUUGAAGAAGUGAUUAUACUGAAGCAAUGGAAAACUUG